UGAACAUUUUAUAGCUUAACAGCCCUAAUUUUUGAAACCUCAAAUCCUUCAUGUCAUUAUUGUCAGCCCAUCUUAUAAUUGAUUCACUAAAAGACAAAUUAACUAGCAAAUUUCUCUCCGUGCGUCGGAUUUUUGUAUUCUGUCGGGGAUUUGGGUCUUUUGAGCAUCGGACCUAAUUUAUUUGGAAUAAAAAAGUUAAUGCAUUAUAACACACAAUGGGUAACAAUUGCUCAGCGUGUUGUUCUCCCCCUGGAAGCCAGUCGUGUUGUGACACCUGUGAACAAAUUUGUUGCGUGUGCCCGUGUUGCUGUGUGUCAUUCCAAAGCUGUUGGAGUAGGAUGUUUGGUCGGCGUCCUCCCGAACUCCAUCUUCCGACAAAACCGGAUCCGGAUGAGAGACCAAAGCCAUCCGCACUUCAGGACCUCAGAGACACAAAUGUCGCUGCAAAAGAAUACCUGGCGGUGACAGGCUGGGACUGGCAGAGGAGCGAGAACGGCGCCGCCCAUCGUACGGCAGACUAUCAUCUCAUGGAUGCCAAGGACAGCAGCGGCGGUGCAGUGGUGCGCAGAGGGCAGCCCUUCAGCCUGCGGCUCACCACCAACAGGCGCUACGACGCCAACAGGGACAAAAUCGGCUUCGUCUUCACCGUUUCCGAUUGCAAGAACCCUAACUUUGGCAACGGCACCCAAGAGGGGGUGUCGGUGGGUGGGGAGAUGCUGGGGGGAUGGUCUGCUAAGAUCCACAGCGUCACAGACUCGAGCAUCUCUCUUGAGCUGAGCAGCCCCCCAACCAGCAUCAUCGGGGCAUGGAGGGUGGAGGUAGACAUCAGCAGCGACGAUGCUACCCACAACUUCACGUGCCCGUACCCUCUGUACAUCGUGUUCAACCCCUGGUGCCCCGAGGACGCGACGUUCAUCGAAGGCGAAGAGGAGCGCAAAGAAUACGUCUUGCAGCAGACCGGUCUUAUCUGGCGUGGCACGCACAACCGCCUGCGCCCGUGUGCAUGGCACUACGCGCAGUUCCACGAACACGUGCUGCAGUGCGUGCUUAUGAUGCUCACCGAAGUGUGCCGCAUGUCUACACCUAACCGGGCUGACCCUGCAAAGGUCGCCCGUGCUAUUUCCGCUGGGAUCAACUCCCCCGAUGACAGCGGUGUGCUAGUGGGCAACUGGUCAGGCAAAUACGAAGGGGGAACUGCCCCCACCGAGUGGAAUGGUUCUGUAAACAUCCUCACCCAGUUCUACCAAACCAAAACCCCCGUCAAGUUCGGCCAGUGUUGGGUCUUUUCCGGCGUCCUUACGACAGCUUGUAGGACCAUCGGACUGCCAUGCAGACCCGUGACAAAUUUCUCUUCGGCCCACGACACCCACAACUCCCUCACCAUCGACUACUUUUUUGAUGAUAAGGGAGAAACCAUCGAGAGACUAAACUCGGACUCCAUCUGGAACUUCCACGUGUGGAACGAAGUGUGGAUGAAGAGGCCGGACUUGGGCGAAGAAUAUGGCGGAUGGCAGAUAGUGGAUGCCACUCCACAGGAGGAAAGCGAUGGUCAGUAUAGAUGCGGGCCGACGUCACAAGUGGCAGUCAAGAGGGGUGAAAUUCACUUGCCAUUUGACACGCCCUUCGUCUACGCCGAAGUGAACGCGGACAAGCUCUUCUGGAAAUACAGGGGCGCCAGCCAACCCAUGAAGCUCCUCGGCCGCAAAACAGGAGGAGUCGGACUGAACCUGAGUACCAAAGCCGUGGGUCGCUACGUAAGAGAAGAUAUCACAGACCAAUACAAACAUAAUGAAGACUCGACCGAGGAACGCAACGUGAUGCGUGACGCUCUACGCCGAUGUGAGAACGUCUUCGCUCGCUAUUACCUCAAUGAAGAAAUUGAGGACAUUGAAUUUGAUUUACUGCUGCUCGACGAUAUCGUUAUCGGGCAGCCCUUCACAAUAUCCGUGGUGAUUAUGAACAAGUCUGAUAAAGACCACGAUGUAUCGGUGGUGCUGAGAGCGGACUCUACACUGUACACAGGAGCCGUAAAGGAGCUCGUCAAGAAAGAAGAAUUCAAGAGAACAAUCAAGGCAAAAUCUGAGGAGAAGGUGAUCACGGAGGUCACGUUUGAAGAGUACUAUAACAAGCUGGUGGAUCAAUGCGCCCUGAACGUCGCCUGCCUCGCGAAAGUCGACACUACGGACUUUGAAUAUUUCGCUCAGGACGACUUCAGGAUGCGAAAACCUGAUAUCAAAAUUACGCCGAAAACGCCAUUCAUGGUAGGUCAGCCGACGACAUGCAAGCUGUCCUUCACCAACCCUCUUCCUAUGGCCCUCACUAAGGCUGUCUUCUACGUCAUCGCAACGAAGUGCGAGUCUCAGUUCAUCAAAGUUAAAGAGGACAUCCCAGCGGGGGGCGAGGCCCAGUGUGAGGCGACACUGACCCCCAGCAACGCUGGAGAGAUCACCGUCACCGCGAGCUUCCUCUCUAAACAACUCGAGGAUGUGGACGGCUACCUCGCAGCUCAGGUGUUGGAUGAAAACGGCAAACCUGUAGCUGAGGAAAACGAUGUAGAAGAGGACAAGAACGAGGCUGAAGAUGCAGUUUAACGCAUGAUUCGGCAACAAGGUUUGAGUUCUACUUGUUCAUGUGUGUUUGCUAAGGAAAUACUGAAUUCCGGCAUAUAAGGAAUACAAGGAACUGGAAUAAUUCGGAAUAUAAGUAAUUAUAUAAGUGCUGCGCUAGUUCAGGAAUUGUCUUAAAGUAGACACAUUCUAAUAUUUAGAAUUAAAGUGAGAAAAAUUGAACAUGGACGCAAUAAUUCAAAAGAAGCGCAUGGUGUUCUCACAUUGGGUACGUUAGUUAGUGUUUGCAUAGUCCCAAGCUGCGAUAGGUCCUGAAAAAUUGUGUAUGUUGUUGAUGCGGAAUCUUUAGCUCCUCAUUCAAAAUCAAAGCUCGACUACCACCCGCCACUUAAGUGUUCUCUCUAUGCAAUAUAUUUCGCAAGUCGUUCCCUUCCCCCUUUGAAAAUGGACGCGCCUGUGUCGGCACGACGUAUUCGUGAUUUUUACAAUUUACGUUGAUUAGCUUAACACAAGACUCACAGGGUCAGUGGUACUGGUAUAUUUAUCAAUACGUUUUCGAGAAAAAGUCGAAAAGAGUAACUGUUUGUUACUACAGUGUGACUGACACCGCUGAAGCAAGCAUAAAUGCUACACCACGUUUAACGAUUUUGACACACGACUCAUAACAUAACAUAUAGUGAUGUCGGCGCUGGAGUGUAGGCCU